GCUGGUUGUAUAACCCAUCAACUACUUGCAUCUCGUGCAUCUCUUUCGUCAUUCUGUUGACAACCUGCAAAUUUUCAUCACUACAAACCGUUCACACGCGCGCUAUUAGCCUAGAGUUGCUAAGCACACUUUCAGUAUGGGCGCGAACCAAUCAAGCGCGGGUGGCCGAGCGCCAGGUGAGGGUGGGAAGGACAAGAAAGACGGCAAGAAGGAUAAGCCCAAGUAUGAACCACCACCGCAGCCAACAACCCGUAUCGGUCGUAAGAAAAGAAAGGCUGCAGGCCCAAACGCCGCUGCAAAGCUCCCGACAGUAUACCCGACAGCACGCUGUAAGCUUAAGUAUCUGCGUAUGCAACGAAUUCACGAUCAUCUAUUGUUGGAGGAGGAAUACGUCGAGAAUCAGGAACGCAUCCGCAAGGCCAAAGCAGCAAGUACCACCCAGCCAGCCGCUGCUGGUGGCGAUUCCGACGCUAUUGACCGCAACGCCGAUGAAAGAUCUAGAGUUGAUGAUAUGAGGGGCAGUCCCAUGGGCGUUGGAAACCUGGAAGAGUUGAUCGAUGACGAUCAUGCGAUCGUUUCUAGUGCUACCGGACCGGAGUAUUAUGUCUCGAUCAUGUCUUUCGUCGAUAAGGAUCUCCUUGAGCCGGGAGCCAGCAUACUCCUGCACCACAAGUCUGUUUCGGUCGUUGGUGUACUGACAGAUGAUGCCGACCCACUUGUAUCGGUCAUGAAGCUGGACAAAGCACCUACGGAAUCGUAUGCGGAUAUUGGUGGUUUGGAGCAGCAAAUACAAGAAGUAAGAGAAGCCGUGGAGCUACCUCUACUUCAUCCGGAGCUCUAUGAGGAGAUGGGUAUCAAGCCACCGAAGGGUGUCAUCCUCUAUGGAGGUCCUGGUACUGGAAAGACACUGCUAGCCAAAGCUGUGGCCAACCAGACCAGCGCAACUUUCCUUCGUAUCGUUGGUAGUGAGCUGAUCCAGAAAUAUCUUGGUGACGGCCCACGAUUGGUGCGGCAGCUCUUCCAGGUCGCUGCCGAGCACGCCCCAUCAAUAGUGUUUAUCGACGAGAUCGACGCGAUUGGCACGAAACGAUAUGAGUCGACAUCUGGUGGUGAACGGGAGGUCCAGCGUACUAUGUUGGAGCUCCUUAAUCAACUUGAUGGAUUUGAUGAUCGCGGCGAUGUCAAAGUGAUCAUGGCAACUAAUAAGAUUGAGACACUUGACCCUGCCUUGAUCCGACCUGGACGUAUAGAUCGCAAGAUCCUCUUCGAGAAUCCGGACCAGAACACAAAGAAAAAGAUCUUCACUCUACACACCUCAAAGAUGUCACUGUCCGAUGAUGUCGAUCUCGAUGAAUUCAUCAACCAGAAAGAUGAUCUUUCUGGAGCAGAUAUCAAGGCUAUCUGCUCCGAAGCCGGUCUCAUGGCACUCCGUGAGCGAAGGAUGCGGGUGCAGAUGGCAGAUUUCCGCUCAGCAAGAGAAAGAGUACUGAAGACUAAGAGUGAAGGCGAACCAGAGGGCCUGUACCUGUAAGAUCAGUGGAUAGAUGGCAGUAGCUGGAAGCACAAGUGAACUUGGUCGGAUGGCAUUUAAUGAGAAGACAUCGACCUGCUGUAGUAAUACAUUGCCUGCGAGGUCGUCAUACUCUUGCGUCUAGAUGUGACAAGGAUUGAAAGCUCUAUAGAACCCCCGGCUUGAACAUCAUUGGACCACUGUGAAUCGAAUCAGGCAUAUUGAAGAAGAAAAUCGGUAAUGAACUAGGUAUGAUUCGUAUUGCAAUAUUCACAUCAGGCCUUGAACGUCACUGAGCUCCCUUAACUAAGUAGCAUCUCUGCUGGUUCCACACAAGCACGUGUACAUUCCCUUUUGCUCGCUGUCCCGUUUGCCAGAUAGCUCAUUAGUGUGCUGGCUGCUCAAUUUCAUA